GGCUGGGCCUAGAGGUCGUUGGUGUGUGCGGAGCCUGGGGACUGGCGGGGGCUCCUUCCCCGUCCCCCGGAGCCCACCCCCCAUUCCCCACUCCCCCCAUUCCUCACUCCCCCCUUCCCUACAUCCCCACUUUCCCCAUUCCCCCCUCCCCCCAUUCCCCACACUCCCCACUCCCCCAUUCCCCACACCCCCCAUUCCCCACACCCCCCAUUCCCCACUCCCCCAUUCCCCACUCCCCCAUUCCCCACUCCCCCAAUCCCUCCACUCCCCCAUUCCCCACACCCCCAUUCCCCACACCCCCCAUUCCCCACCCCCAUUCCCCACUCCCCCAUUCCCCACACCCCCAUUCCCCAUUCCCCACCCCCAUUCCCCACCCCCAUUCCCCACUCCCCCAUUCCCCACCCCCAUUCCCCACUCCCCCAUUCCCCACACCCCCAUUCCCCACUCCCCCAUUCCCCACUCCCCCAUUCCCCACUCCCCCAUUCCCCACCCCCAUUCCCCACCCCCAUUCCCCACUCCCCCAUUCCCCACACCCCCAUUCCCCACACCCCCAUUCCCCACCCCCAUUCCCCACUCCCCCAUUCCCCACUCCCCCAAUCCCUCCACUCCCCCAUUCCCCACACCCCCCAUUCCCCACACCCCCCAUUCCCCACCCCCCCAUUCCCCACUCCCCCAUUCCCCACUCCCCCAUUCCCCACACCCCCAUUCCCCACACCCCCCAUUCCCCACCCCCAUUCCCCACUCCCCCAUUCCCCACUCCCCCAUUCCCCACACCCCAUUCCCCACCCCCAUUCCCCACUCCCCCAUUCCCCACUCCCCCCAUUCCCCCUCCCCCAUUCCCCACUCCCCCAUUCCCCACACCCCACUCCCCAUCCCCCACUCCCCCAUUCCCCACACCCCCAUUCCCCACUCCCCCAUUCCCCACUCCCCCCAUUCCCCACACCCCCCAUUCCCCACUCCCCCCAUUGAGAUUGAGUGUUGCUGAAGCUACACUCAUCCAGGCAAGUGGAGCGUCCCAUCACACUCCUGAGCCUUGUACGUGGUGGACAGGCUUUGGGGAGUUAGGAGAUGCUGCCUGACCUGCUGAGCAUCCCCAGCAGUUUCUGACUUCACCUCAGAUUUCAGAAACAAGUUCUCACAUGCCUCCUCGGAGACCUGCAGGGGGCAUAUUUAAGAUGCUUCUAGGGAACGAAGGGACUCGUGAGGAAAGGCUGUUCUAUGCAGGCUUCCCAUUGGGAAUAUGACGGUCCCCUGGGAGUCAAGCACUGGCACGAGGAGUUUGCACACUGUGGCAAGGAAGCACAGUCCCCCAUCAACAUCCAAACGCAGUACGUGCACUACGAUCGCUCCCUGAAACCCGUCCGGCUAAAGGGCUACAGUGACCCACAGUGCAACACCUUCCACCUCUCCAACAAUGGCCACACAGUGCAGAUGGAGCUCCCCUCCACGAUGGUCAUCAGCAGCCUCCCCAAGCGAUACAGGGCCACGCAGCUGCACUUCCACUGGGGGAGCCUGGUGUGGCCCAGCGGAUCGGAGCACCUCAUCGAUGGAGAGAGGGCACCCGCUGAGCUGCAUAUCGUUCACUACAACACGGAGAAAUAUCGGAACAUGUCGGAGGCCAUGACGAAGCCAGACGGCCUGGUGGUCCUGGGAAUUCUGCUGGAGGUCGGAAAUUUAAAAAAUCCAGCAUAUGAAAAUAUCCUGAGUCACUUGGAAUCCGUGACAUUUGCAGGUCAGGAGGUGGAGAUUCCUUCUUUUGAUGUUCGGUCCCUGCUCCCCAAACGGUUGGACCAAUACUUUACCUACCGCGGCUCACUGACUACCCCUCCCUGUUUCCAGAGUGUCCGCUGGAUUGUAUUCCAUCAGCGAGUGCCUUUGUCCCUUUCCCAGUUCAAGACCCUGAGGACUGGGCUGUUCCAUACGCUCCCCGACACCAUGCCAAGACUACCGCUGGUCAACAACUUCCGAGAAGUUCAGCCCCUCGGGAACCGGCGGGUGAAGGCCUCUUUCCCCGUGGGUUGGGCCGUUAACUUUCGAAAGGCGGUCCGAAAGCUUCUGAAGAUGCUGUCGGCAAAGCUACACGACUGAUGGAUGAGCUUUGCGCCACCGGAGCGCUCUCCUUUUGCUUGGAAGGCAUCUCUGUCGCAGGAAGUCAAUCUCAGCCACCUGGGAAGUCUGGGCCAUCGCUUUGUCUUGUGGGGGAGGGCGUUGUAGGUUCUUCAGUGGAGCUGGUGAAGCUCAGCUCUGCUCUGCUCUGCUUCCUUCCAACAGCAAGGUGUCUUUCCCCCCGCAACACCUCCACCCACCCCCAAACCCUGUCAUCACUGAUGCUUACCCAGCCACCCACCGCAGGUCUCAACCCCCGCAGGACCCUGAGACCAGCUUCAGUUGUCACCUCCGGACCCGGCGAUGCAGGCGCUCCCCUGGCCAGCUCCCCCUCUACCCCACGCACCCGGUCAGAGUGUUCAUCUUCAACUCCACUGCCAUCUCAAAUCUCAUUCCUUCCAAGUCCUGCUCCCAGAGUUCCACGCUGCACGUCCGACAUCACCUCCACUCGUAUCCGCACCCACCCUUCUGUCUCAGUGCUACCGGGAUCCCUUCGUUGUUUUAACUUUGGCCCAAACUCUACUACCUGGGUCCCUGAGCUUUGGAAUUCCCUCCGAGCCUCUCCUUGACCUGCCCCCACGAUAGAGUUAUCCGCCACCUGCCCUGGUUAUCACCCCACCCGUCAGACACGGUUGGUUAAUGUUCCUGUGAAACUGAUCAGGAUGUGGGAAUGAAACCUGUUGUCACUCCAACACCCUGAUUUGCCCUCGUCAGCCCCUCACCACCCCCACCCACCAGUCCUCCGAUCUCUCGGCUACCCCCUCUCUCAUCUGCUCCUUUGCCUCUACAGAUCUAGCUUCAAACCCCCAAUUAUUUAAACUAUUUUUAGCUACUAUUUUCACUUGUCUUACAUUAAAUAGUCGACAUCUU